AUGGGCAAACAUCCAGCAGUCGAACUACAGAUUCUUGAUCUUGGACCUGGAGAUGGCAAAACACCAAUUCCUUCCGGGCCCUCGACACAGAGGAAUUCUGUAUCUGGAAUUGCGACACCAGCGACCAUAGACACGGAAGCAAAUUCCGAGGACGAGGAAACACUACCACUGGAUGCACCUUCUACCUCGUCAACAACUCUCUCGACGACAAGAGCAAUUAUCGUAAUCACCCAACUCGUCAGUGUUCAACUCUUCUCCUCCUUCUGCAAUGGCGUUAUUGUGGUUGGCUUGCCGGCCAUCGCUGCGUCUCUGAAUAUGGAAGGCGCAUUGCUGCUGUGGCCCACUUCGGUGUUCUACCUUACCGCUGGCGCGUGUCUGAUGCUCGCGGGCUCCAUUGCCGAUGUCCUAGGCACCAGACCCAUGAUCUUGACUGCCAGCGCCUUGCUAGCCAUCAGUGCUGCAUGCUGCGGCGUGAGUAGGAAUGGUGCUGAAUUGAUUGCCUGCAGAGGGCUGCAAGGCAUCAGUAAUGCGAUUGCGGUACCUGCCUCUGUGUCCAUCAUCAGUACCAGAGUCCGCGAUGGCCAGCCUAGAAAUAUUGGCUUUUCGUGCUUGGGCUUUGCGGCGCCGUUGGGCUUUCUGCUGGGUCUGGUGUUGGGAGGUGUGUUUGUGGAUGGAGUGGGUUGGAGACCCGCGUUCUAUCUUGUUGCGGCGGCGAGUUGUGCUACAGGGCUUGUGGGUGCUUGGGUGUUGCCCAAGGACGAGAAGCCAAAGACUUGGAGGUGUGUCAAGAGGCAGCUGAGGGAUGAGAUCGAUUGGGUGGGAACGAUCAUCUCGAGUACGGGUUUGGUGACUUUGUCAUAUGCUUUGGCGACACUGUCUGCGGACGUCGCCAACAUCAAGACUGCGACCACCAUCUCGCUGCUAAUCAUUGGGGUCGCCACUGUUCCGGCUUUCGUUUGCUGGAUGAAUUUUCAGAUCAAACACGAUCGUCCAGCGCUCAUCCCGAACUCGUUCUGGCGUGACUUUAGCUUCACGAGCAUCUGCAUCAUGAUUCUCUUCAACACCGCAGUCACCAAUGGCAUGGAAGUCUUCGCCAGUCUAUUGAAACAGNNCUUUCAGCAAGUCCAGGGCUUAUCGGCGCUUGGGGCUUCAAUUCGGAUCCUGCCUUCGCUUGUCACGGCUGUCUUGACCAAUGUCUCCACUGGCUACUUUGUCAAUCGCAUGCCGGUCAUGUGGAUGGUGUUGAUGUCAUGCGGUUUAUCCGCAUUGUCACCUCUGCUCCUGGCAAUCAUAAACCCACAUUGGUCGUACUGGUACAUGGCUUUCUUCGCACAGGUGAGCGCAAGCCAUAGACCUACAACUUUGAACGUAAAUGCUGACUUGAAUGACAAAAGNCUCCUCCAAGGCAUAAGCAUGAAUGUCCUGUUUACAGUCGGCCUCCUGAUCAUCUCGGCAAUCUUCCCGCCGCAUACGCAAGCUCUGGGCGGUGCCGUCUUCAACACUUGCGCGCAGCUGGGCACUUCAAUUGGUCUGACCAUCACAUCCGUCAUCUCCGACUCGCGGACAGCGGCUUCGAGUUACGAGGACAAGACCAGUCCUCAGGCAUUGAUGACGGGCUAUCGAGCAGUGUUUUGGGCAUUGUUUGCUUGGAUGAUCGUGGUGUUGUGUGCAGGCGUCGGCGGAUUGAGAAAGGUGGGAAAGAUUGGAGUGAAGAGGGAUUGA